AUGGCCUCCGCAUCUGCAGCUUCCGCGGCCCCCAAACUUGACCGUUAUGUGGUUAUGCAUGUUGCGACCACUUGCGAUGAACAUGGCGUAUACGUGACCAAAGAUUCAGCCGAGGUCAUAGAGAUCGGAUGGAUCUUGCUCGACAGCAAGACUUGCGAUGAGUUGCAUCGUGAAAGCGUCCUGGUGAAGCCGGUCAACACCCCAAUCACCCCAUUGUGCACCAGCCUUACCACCCUGACUUGGGAGCAUGUGAGGAACGCCGGCUCUUUCCGAGACGCAAUUACGCGCUUCGAUGCUUUUGCCCAGGAACAACUGAUCAACAAGAACCUGGAAUUCUCCUUCGUCACACUGGAUGCCUGGGACCUUCGUGUCCAACUGCCUCGUGAAGCCCGGGACAAGGCCGUCGUGCUACCUGCCUAUCUUCAGCACUCGCGCACUUUCGACCUCCGCUCUGAGUAUUCCCGCUGGCAGCAACACCAUCCUGAGUCGUUGCCGUUCGGUCCAAGCUCACUAGCAAACAUCUGUGCCGCUCUUGAGGUGGAACCUGUGCAAUCGUCAGCCCCCAUCAAGCACAAUUUGCCUUUCCAUCUCCAAGCCCUCGCUCCUGCCUCGCCACGCCGGGCCAUGGAAGAAGCCAUUACCCUGACCAGAGUUCUUCGAGGUCUCAUUCGGAAGUCGCAACCCGCUCAGGAUCAUCCCGAGAUCUUGACUCGCCCCAUGGAUGCAAGAGCAGAUGUCAACGCCUUCUUAAAGGAGCGAAGCAAGGUCCUCCAUAUGAACGGCUUGCCCCAUGACACCACUCAGUCGGAAUUAGAAUCUUGGUUCACUCAAUUUGGUGGCCGUCCAAUUGCUUUCUGGACAUUGCGAACCCCAGAUCAGCACAAGCCGACGGGUUCUGGAUUCGCCGUUUUCUCAUCUCAUGAGGAGGCUGCAGAGUCUCUCUGUAUGAACGGGCGCGCCCUCAACGAGAAGGCCAUCGAGGUCUCUCCCUCCUCUAGCCGAGUCCUCGAUCGAGCCGCCGAGAUUCUCACUCCUUUCCCACCUUCGAAGAAUCGUCCCCGCCCUGGCGACUGGAACUGUCCAUCAUGCGGCUUUUCCAACUUUCAGCGGCGCACUGCGUGCUUCCGCUGCUCCUUCCCCGCGGCAGGCGCUAGCGUUGAUCCAUACUCUGGCAACUUCGGCCAGUACCCUCCUCCUUACGGUGGUCACAUGUAUGGCGGAGGUCCAGGUCACCAUGGCGGUCAUCAUGGAGGGCACCAUCAUGGCGGUGGUCGAGGCAACGGUCCUGUCCCCUUCCGUGCUGGUGACUGGCGUUGCGGUGCCGAAGGAUGCUCAUACCACAACUUUGCCAAGAAUGUCAACUGUCUGCGGUGUGGUGCUCCAAGAGCUGGGGCGGCCAUCGUCGUUGAACAAAGCUACCCCUCGCCCAUGGCUCCACCACCCAACUUUGGUAUGGGGCCUCCCAGUCAAAUGAGCAAUGAGCCCGGUCCUGGUCCUUAUGGUGCUGGUGCUCAGGCUUUUGGGUCAGGGUCUGCAUUCGCUCAGCCUCCUCCCAAUUCCUACGGUAUGCCCUCCGGUAUGGGUGCACCCGCUGGCUUCCCCCAGAUGGGUGGCAUGACCCCAGGCUACGCUUCUAGCAGCAUGUCGCAGCACUCUUUUGGCCCUGCUGCUCAAGCUGCCUUCAGCGGUGCGGCAGAUACUCCCUCGCAAUCGACUGGUACGCCUCAAAAUGGCUUUUACGGCAACAACCAAGGCGCCGAUCCUUUUGCGUUCCUUAACACUAGUUUGUCGGGCUUGAGUGUCAACGAUGAGAAUCAAGCCCCUCGGCGCAAUGGCAACCCUCAAAGCGCUAAAAGUCCUGCUUAG